GGUAUGCGUCACUUCCGGGCCCGCUGCGGGGGUUGCUUCGGGACCGCGGGAGAGCCGGCUACAGAAUAACGUCCACGUUUCGCUCCAGAUCAUCCCCUCCUCCCAGCAGGAAGGAAAUGGCUGCAAUGGAGCUGGCUCAGGUCAUUGAUAAGAAUGGAAGAGGGCCAAGAACCAAUCCUUGCGGGAACCUGCUAGAAAGAAAUCCACUCGACCAUGGUUCCCUAUUUAAAAUCACAGUUUUUAAUCUAUUUAAUGGGCCGGUGACUUUCGAGGAGGUGGCUGUGUAUUUCACCAGGGAAGAGUGGGCUCUGCUGCACCCCACUCAGAGAGCCUUCUACAGGGAUGUCAUGCAGGAGAACUAUGAGACGGUGGUCUUACUGGGGUUUCCAGUUUCCAAACCUGAUGUGAUCUCGCAGCUGGAACGAGGGGAAGAGCCGUGGAUCCCAGACCUCCAGGGCUCUGAGAAAGAAGUGCUCCUGAGAGGGGGUGACCUAUAUCUGGAUUCUCUUUGUCUCCCAUUCAGGUGA